AUGUUGGGAGUUAAUAACCAUGGUCAAACAAUUGUCCUAGCAUGCGCAUUUUUGAGCAAGGAAACGACUGAGUCGUUUAUUUGGAUGUUUGAGGAGUUUAAGAAAGCAAUGCCAGGUGGCGAACCUAAAACGAUCAUUACAGAUCAAGAUGCGGCAAUGAGCAGAGCGAUUUCAAUAACCUUCCCGACUACAUUUCAUCGACUUUGCAUAUGGCACAUCACAUCAAAGUUCUCUGUUAAGUUACCACAUUCUGCUUAUAAGGAGUAUUGGGGUGAAUUCCAGAAAGCCAUAUGGGAUACUGACAAUAAGGAUGAGUUUGAUGCAAAAUGGAAUAUUGUGGUUACAAAGGCUGGUUUGACUGACCAUCCAUGGCUAAGUUCAAUGUUUGAUUUAAGGGAAUCUUGGGUUUCAGCCUACGCACGACACUUUUUUGCCGCUGGAAUGUCAAGCAGCCAAAGAGCGGAAUGUUCUCAUGGUUUCUUCAAGCAAUACAUAUCAAGGAGAAAUUCGUUGAUGGAUUUCAUAAUAAGAUUUGAGAGGGCACUUUCUCAUCAACGUCAAAAAGAUUUAGUUGCUGAUCACGUAGAUGCAUUUGAAGUGGCUCAAUGUAUUCUACCGAUGCCAAUGAACAAACAAAUGGCUACCUUGUACACAAGGACAAUGUUUCAAAAGUUUGAGCAAGAACUAAUACAAAGUACAACAUGUUUCCUAGAGCUGAAAACAAAGGAUGCUUCUAAAGUUGUCUUUAAUGUGAGCGAAAGGAAAAAUUGGGAAACAAGAGUGGCAGAAGUCGUAUAUGUCAAAGAUUCUGACCACGCAUCGUGUAGCUGCAAAAGAUUUGAAUUUGUUGGAAUUAUUUGCAAGCACAUCCUAGCAUUGUUCAGAAGGGACCAGAUUGAAUAUAUGCCCGAUAAAUACAUUUUGAAGAGGUGGAAGAAAACUGCGAAAUUUGGAUUGGUGUCAGAUGCAAAUGGCAACGAAAUUAAAGACUCUGCAGAUCCUGGUCUUUUAAUAAAGCGGAGUACAAUGUCCCGACUUGCUUCAGAUGUGGUUGAGGAUGCAUUAAUGUGUGAAGAAGGAUGUGAGCUACUGUCAGAGACUCUAAAAAGUUUGCGGGUGAAGUUGAAGUUGUUGAAGGAUGGACCAAGUAAUAACGAAGUUGGAGGGUCCAGCUCUCAAACACAAUAUAUGAAAGACCCUAAGAGAGUAAGGUGCAAUGGAGGGUCGAAACGAGUAACGGGAGCAAAGGAAAAGGCAAUGAAGCGAGGGAUUAGACACUGUCGGGAGUGUGGACACAUUGGUCAUGAUAGAAGACAAUGCCCAAGAAAUUUGAACACACCGACAUCACCGUCGAACAAUGACGAAUCAACUCCAAUAGAUCUUAGUGACCCAUUAUUCGACGAAUUUUACUGGAUGCACGGACCAACUCAAUGA